AUGGCAGAGUCCGACGUUCAUACACCGCGACGCUCCUCCUCCCAAGCAUCAAACACCUCGAGCAGAAGUCGAAAUGCUAGAACUGUCCGCGGCAAACUUCAAAAACGUCAUUCCGGCUCUUCAAACACAACUACGGACCUGACUUCAUUUCCUUCGCUUUCACCGCCAGACAAAUCCUCGACCCUAUCCCGUGGCUUGACCAAUACAUUGUUCUCUGGCGAAGAGGGAGAUGAUUCCAGCGGCGAUGGAAGUGGCCGUGGACGGAAGGCUACGUUGGCGAAUCUGACGAGCGGACCGUCGCACAAAUCUGGCCGUGCUGCUCUCUUUGCCGAUUCGGUACCAACACAUGACAUUCCGGGUGCCCUACACCUGGCAGACGAUGCGCAUAUUGAGCGGCUCAUUGCUGGCACGGGAGCCACCAAAAUGGUCAGACAAUUUGCGCGUGAUCUGGCUCAGCGGGACGCUGAGAUAUCGCGCCUUCGCCAACGUGCCGAUGCCAGGGAGCGAGAACUGAAGAGGAUGCUGCGGGAGGUGUCUGUAUCCAAUCAAGAUAUCGAGCGCCGGCUAUAUCAACUAGAAAAUCCUCCGGGCGAUCGUGUCUCGGAUGCAGAAAGUGUUCACAGCAAUGAUCAUGCUGGACAAACCUCUUCUGGUUUGAAUGGUCUCAUGUCUCAGGCUAUGGAAGACACCGUAGGAUCUCGGCCUGUGAGCGAGUUUGCAGAAGCACAGGCGACAAUCCGUGCCCAGCGGUCGGAUACAGAUCCUCGAGGGAGCGGCGGCAUUGACAACCGGAAACGCCAGAGCUCGAUUCGAGGUUGGCAAGAGUAUCUUUUUGGAUCCACCAAUACAAGUCGUAAGACCAGUCGCGCCAGCAGCAUCAUGAGCGGGGUUGGAGAAACCGAAGAGGAAGAGGCCGAGCGUCCCCGUGUACCCUCCAACCCCGCAAUGCGUCGCAAAGCGCUUGAUGAGCAGCUUUUCCAACCUCCGGAUAUUCCAGCACGAAACGGGCCAGCAAAGCGUGUUGCUAGCAUCUCCACUAAUGGGGAUGAUGCAAGCGUUCAUUCUCGAAAAUCUUCACGGUCUCUCGGGUCUUGGACGGUCAAAUUGUUUGCUGGUUCCCAGGCAGAUAAAGAUGGAAGUGACACCGAGCCCAUUCAGAACAAAGCCCAAAACCAGCGGCUAGAUGGAGAUAGGAGUGCUUCAUCUACUCUCUCUGCCAAUUCCAAGGGUGGGAUGUCGGCAGUCGCUGCAUUGAAGAGGAUCAACAGCAAUGCAAGUAUGCCCAAUGCCACUGGACGCUCUGCUAGCGGAUCUAGUGCUCAAAGUAAAAUGGGCCCUCCCGCCCCACGACGGACUGCAGCUAGUAGCGUGUCGCAAGGUACAGCCGCGGAGACUACAGACCGAAGCUCGACAAAUCUUGGACCGGUCGAAAUGGACGCUAUUCUUCCCAUGGAGUCGAAACCUCCGACGCUCUCUCCCAUCUAUAACAACGCCUAUCCGGGCGAGUUUCUGACCGACCGUUAUGGUUUCAUAUAUGAUCAGCGCAGAAAAAAGCGCCAGAGAGAAGCUGCUACCACCAAGAGCAGCAUUCACCGUUUGAGCAUCACCGAAACUCUUGGUACUCUUCGGGCUGAUGCAUCAGACCCCGAGGAUGGCUCUGAAGUAACAAGAUCUUCACCGGCUGCUCCAGAGACCCCCACUUCUGGUCCUCCCUCGCCGGAUGAGUCCGAAAGCGGUGCUGUUGCUAUUCGUCGCUGGCAAGAUUAUUUAAAAAUUCCGACCCGUCCUACAGAGUUAUUAUCCCACACGCCUUCUGCGGGUCCGAUAGUCUCCCUGACCACCUCGAGCGAUAACCGUCCCCACAGCUCGUCUGUCUCGGUAGACAAAGACGGUGCGUUGGCCGUCGGCUCCAGCGCACAGCCAUCGGCCUCUACCUCUGCAAUCACAGCCGACAGCCCUGAGUUCGCCGGUUUGUCCUCAGACCAGCCCAAAGAGACAACCACCAAGUUCACAAUGGCAGAGAUUGAGCCGGUGAAAUUAUUGUUGGAGCAGUUGACUGAUCUACACGACACACUGCAACGCGACCGAACCGUCCGAUGGAACGAAUUCCUGCGCAAAGUGCGCGCUGAGCGGAGAAAAGAAGGUGAAGCCGCAGCCGCAGCCGCAACUUCUGAUCGGUCUGUGGCUGCUGUCGACACGCCAGAAGUGUCCCUCGCAGAUGGCGAGGUUGUGGGUAUCGCUGGCUUAGGCAACAAAGGCAAGGUCGGUCGAGCGAAGUGGCGGGAAUUCAGAUUGCUUGUCCUCGGCGGAAUCCCUGUUGCUCUCCGCGCCAAAAUUUGGUCGGAAUGCAGUGGGGCCUCGGCAAUGCGGAUUCCUGGGUAUUAUGACGACCUGGUGCAUGGAGUCGGCGGUUCAGAUCCCGACCUUUCUGUUGUUGCACAGAUCGACAUGGAUAUCCGCCGCACCCUUACUGAUAAUGUUUUCUUCCGCAAGGGGCCUGGUGUGGGCAAAUUGAAGGAGGUGCUUCUUGCGUAUUCACGUCGCAACCCAGAAGUUGGCUAUUGCCAGGGCAUGAAUCUUAUUGCGGCAUCUCUGCUGCUGAUCAUGCCAACUGCCGAGGAUGCGUUCUGGAUUCUGACCUCCAUGAUCGAGAUCAUCUUGCCCGAACACUACUACGAUCAUGGCUUGUUGGCCUCUCGGGCCGACCAAGUGGUCCUGCGCCAGUAUAUCUCUGAGCUUUUACCUAAACUCUCUGCCCAUUUGGAAGACCUGGGCAUUGAACUGGAGGCGCUUACCUUCCAAUGGUUCCUCUCCGUCUUCACGGACUGUCUUUCUGCAGAGGCGUUGUACCGUGUAUGGGACGUGGUUCUAUGUCUCAAUGUGACCAGCACGGUCAACGGCUCAGGACCAAAUGGGUCCGGUACGAAGGAGAGUGGUGACAAGACCAUUAAAAUCAAGGUCGCUGAAGAUCUUGCUUCUGGUAGUGGUGGAGGAAGCACAUUCCUCUUCCAAGUUGCUCUCGCGCUGCUUAAGCUUAACGAGCAGCAAUUGCUGACGGCCUGCUCAACGCCGGCGGAACUCUAUACAUACAUCAACCAUCAAAUGACCAACCAUGCGAUUAGUAUCGAUGGUCUCAUCCAAGCCAGUGAAGCACUGCGCAACGUGGUCCGCCGCGAAGAUGUGGUUGCUCGCCGAGCUGUUGCUUUGCAAGAAAUGCGUGAAUUGAGCAGCGGUGCAAGUAUUUAA